GAGAGGUAUUACUCUAUUUUACAAAUGUGUAGGUUGCUUUAUUGCUGCUGUAUACCUCCACUACCCCUAUCAGCUCGAGCCCAGUAUAGUAUUGGUCUUAUUUUAGCAUGUAUUUUGGCACUGCUAUUCAAAACACAUGGACUGGAAUGGUUUCCGUAUAGACAGACACCAGAAUGUGGCAUGGCUUGUUGGAACACAUUGGCGGUAUAUAGAAUAUCAUUCGGUUUAGUCAUAUACCAUGCAUUUCUUAUGGUUUUUCUGAUUGGUGUGUCAGAUCCAUCAGAUCCACGAAUACAUGUUCAGAACGGAUUAUGGCCAGUCAAGUUUGUUGUAUUUGUUGGUGUCAUGGUUGGACCAUUCUACAUGGCAAAUCACUUGUUUUACCAAUAUUGGAUAGCCUGUUUGAUAUUUAGCGCAAUGUUUGUCAUUCUUCAAUCCAUCAUUUUAGUGGACAUGGCACGAACCAUUUCAGAACAUUGUAUAGAGAUGUACGAUCAAACACAAUCCAUACUAGCAAAAAUACUUCUUUUAUCAACCACAUUUAUCUGCACAACCGGAUUCAUCGCCAUCACAGUUGUUCUCUACAUAUUCUACGGAAAUUGUGUACUCAAUCGUGUAUUUAUUUCUGUCAAUCUGAUCAUGAAUCUAGCUCAAAUGGGCGUGAGUGUAGUACCCAAAGUGCUGGAAAAUCAUGCAAAAGGCGGACUAUUGCCUUCAUCUGUUUUAGCAUUAUAUAAUACGUUUCUAGUUGCUGUAUCUGCCGUAUCCAAUCCAGAUCAUUGUCAGAUUGGAGUGGUGUGGGCUUCUACAGCAAACGCAACAAAAACUAGCGGUGAUACGGCUGUGGAAGUUGCAGGUAUUGCCUUUUUGGUGAUCAAUAUUGCUUACUUGGCAUUUUCGACUAGCACAAUGGAUAUAUCUGGUAAAAGCAGCGUUGCUGUUUCUUCUGAUCAAGGGGAAACCAUCGAGUAUAAUUUCUCCGUUUUUCAUUUGAUAUUUAUCCUCACUGCGUUUUACAUGGCUUCAGUGUUUACCAACUGGAGUGUUUUUUCCAUCAGUACAGUGGCUGGUGUAGAUUUAUCCGCUGUGGACAAGGGAGUUGGACCCAUGUGGGUUUCUGUAGCGACAAGCUGGAUAAAUGUGUUGUUGUAUAUCUGGUCACUGUUGGCACCCAUUGUUUUCUCAAACCGAGACUUUUCGUAGCGCAUAAUAACCUGAUAGUAGCCAUUUCUAAUUUAUUCAAACAACCUUCAAUCUACUUUCUAAUAUAGUCAAAUAAAAUCUGUUUGCGAUUGGUU